AAACUAUCGACGAAUAAUUAUCCUUUUUUUGAGUUUUUCCCAUUUCUUUCUUCGUCUCCCAGAAAUAUUAAUCUUAAUCCUAAUUCCAUUUCAUCGUCUUCUCGCUGUUCUGCUAUAUUCCGCAGUUUCGUUGGAUGAGGAGAAGAAGAAAGUGAAAAAGGUUGUGAAAUAGAGAGAGUUGUUUCAUGGGCAAUUCAUGUCGUGGUUCUUUUAAGGACAAAAUCUACGAGGGCAAUAAUAGUAGGCCCGAGGAGAAUUCCAAAUCCACCACUACUGUUUCUUCCUCUGUUCAUUCUCCGACCACAGAACAAGAUUUCUCCAAAGAAGCUCACAAACAGGACAACAACAACAACAACAAGAACAAUCCAGCUCUUGUGAUUCCUGUUAGAGAACCCAUUAUGCGACGUAACGUUGACAAUCAAGCUUACUAUGUUCUUGGUCACAAGACUCCUAACAUUCGUGAUCUUUACACGUUGAGUCGUAAGUUAGGACAAGGACAAUUCGGUACAACGUAUUUGUGUACUGAGGUUGCUACAGGUAAUGAUUAUGCUUGUAAGUCUAUAUCCAAGAGGAAAUUAAUAUCUAAAGAAGAUGUUGAAGAUGUUAGGAGGGAGAUUCAGAUAAUGCAUCAUUUAGCUGGUCACAAGAACAUUGUUACGAUUAAAGGAGCUUAUGAGGAUCCUUUGUAUGUUCACAUUGUGAUGGAGCUUUGUGCUGGUGGUGAGUUGUUUGAUAGGAUUAUUCAUAGAGGGCAUUACAGCGAGAGGAAAGCUGCUGAGUUGACCAAGAUCAUUGUCGGUGUUGUUGAGUCGUGUCAUUCGCUUGGUGUUAUGCAUAGAGACUUAAAGCCUGAGAAUUUCUUGUUGGUUAAUAAGGAUGAUGAUUUCUCUCUUAAGGCCAUUGAUUUUGGUCUCUCUGUUUUCUUCAAACCAGGCCAAAUAUUCAAGGAUGUUGUUGGCAGUCCUUACUAUGUUGCUCCUGAGGUUCUUCUUAAACAUUAUGGUCCAGAAGCUGAUGUGUGGACUGCUGGUGUUAUACUCUACAUUUUACUAAGUGGUGUCCCGCCUUUUUGGGCAGAAACACAGCAAGGAAUAUUUGAUGCUGUGUUGAAGGGAUAUAUCGACUUUGAGUCAGACCCGUGGCCUGUCAUAUCCGACAGUGCUAAAGAUCUGAUCCGGAAGAUGUUAUGCUCCAGUCCCUCUGAACGUUUGACUGCUCAUGAAGUCUUGCGUCAUCCAUGGAUCUGCGAGAACGGAGUUGCACCGGAUAGAGCACUUGACCCGGCUGUUUUGUCUCGUCUCAAACAGUUUUCGGCAAUGAAUAAAUUAAAGAAGAUGGCUUUAAAGGUGAUAGCUGAAAGCCUCUCAGAAGAAGAGAUUGCGGGUUUAAGAGCAAUGUUUGAGGCAAUGGAUACAGAUAACAGCGGUGCAAUCACUUUUGAUGAACUCAAAGCUGGCUUGAGAAGAUAUGGUUCAACCUUGAAAGACACCGAGAUCCGAGAUCUAAUGGAAGCGGCUGAUGUGGACAACAGCGGUACAAUAGAUUACAGUGAGUUUAUUGCAGCGACGAUCCAUCUGAAUAAACUAGAGAGAGAAGAGCAUCUUGUCUCUGCAUUUCAAUACUUUGACAAAGAUGGAAGUGGUUACAUCACCAUUGACGAGCUGCAACAGUCGUGCAUUGAACAUGGGAUGACCGAUGUUUUUCUUGAAGACGUAAUCAAAGAAGUAGAUCAAGACAACGAUGGACGAAUUGAUUACGAAGAAUUUGUUGCGAUGAUGCAAAAGGGAAAUGCUGGUGUCGGAAGAAGAACAAUGAAAAAUAGUCUAAACAUCAGCAUGAGAGAUGUGUAGGCACAUACACACAGCGUCUUUAAACUGUUUGCUGGGUGAGGCUGCAAAUGUUUCCAUGGAAUAAACAUUUGCAAUCUUUAAUCACAGAGGAGGAAGAGAAACCAGAUUCAUAGCUGCAGUGAACCAGCUAAUUCAAGGUUUGAGUCUAAAAUGUGAAAAACUACUGUAUGAGUAAAAAAUAGUGCAAGAACAAAAAAAAAAGUGUUUCGUUCUGUUUCAUCAGUAGCUGUGAAGAUUAUUUCCAUUUUCUCUCUGUUUUGUUUGUUUGUUUGUAACAAUUCUUAAAAUUUGGUGAGCUUUAUUUCAUCUCCAUCGUUGAAAGCUUUUGACCCUUCUUGGGUUUUUGAAAGAUCAA